AUGAAUUUCAAAUUCCUAGUCUUCUUUUCCAUCUUCAUUUUCCACGUGGCCAAUGCGCAAGUGUCGAAAUGUGAUCUUUGUAUCAAAUCAUUGGACAAAGGAAAAUUCUCAAUGAGAGCGUAUUUGAGAAAAGUUGGACAGGAUGAAGCUGAAGAAAGAUAUGAGGCUGGAAGAAAAAUUUGGGAGGCAUCUGAAAAUGCAGAUGAAAGGGAGACGUGUAAAGCUGCGCAAAUGUGUCAAUAG